CGGGUGGUAGGGUUACCCUGUUAGUAGUUUAUAUACAUACCUGGGCGGAGCCUAAGUAAGGGCAAAGUGAAGCCAUAGCCUAGUAAGGGCAAGGAACUAUGGGCAAGGUGAAGCCAGAGCCUAGUAAGGGCAAGGUGAAGCCCCGCCCAUCGAAGGGCAUGACAUCACAGCAGGGAGGAGUUGAAAACCCUCCAGAGAACAUGCCCAGACAUGCCCAGAGCCGGUCUCCUCCUGUACCAUGAGGCCUACCCCACCUGACAUGUGAGGGCCUAUAGGAAGUAGGUCCCAGCCUGCCGUUCAAUGCUUAUAGUGUUGCUGCUGUAUUGAGUAUCCUACAAGGCUUGUAGCAUAGCCCCCAUUGCAUAAAGGUAACCAUUCUACUGUUUGCUUGUGGGUUUGAUUAUGGAAUCUCCUCAGAGCCCUAAUUUGGCAACAAAUCAGCCAGAUUCUACACCUAAGCCAAGAAAACGCUAUAUUAGCACCAGUUCAGAUGAUGAACCACAAGGACCGCCUGUCCAAACCUAUGCUGAAGAACAAGCUGAGACAAGGGAAAUAUGGCAAGAGAUCCUGGCAACCAUGGCAGCUGAGCCACAGAAUUCAGCACUUGUGCAAACUCUGAAACCCUCUCGCAUAGCAAUGCAGAAAUUCUUGGGCCUGAAUAUCAAUGAAGAGCCCUAUAGUACCUGGGCGGAGCCUAAUGUUUCAGCAUGAUAACAACCAGAAAGCGGACCCUGCCCAACACCACCAAGGCUUAAUGUCUUGAGGUACACCAGAAUUUUCCCUCUUUGUCUCUGUGAAGACCACAAAGAACCAACAAGCGUUCUUCACAGAUCACUUCCAUCUCUCAGCGACAGAACGUGGUAGUGGGAAAUAAAUGUUAACUCCAUCAAAAUCAAUAGGACUUACUUCAGAGAAAAUACAUGGGCAUAAAGUCAAGAUCCCUCUUCAAGAAUUACAGUGCUGACUAUGUAUAAUCAGGAAGAGGAGGAAUAGUAAUACACUGGCUAGUGAUGCCAGGGAGUUCUCCACACAGCAGGCUUUACUGUGAGUUUUCUGGGAGGCUUUACUACAAACUCAAAGUUAUCCCAAAAACCUGAUUCAAAAAGUGGAUUUUUUGACCCCGGAUAUAAAUCAAGCUGCACUCUAACAUGCAGUGAAGAACCAGAAUAGUGUGUGAAGUGCUCCCCGAUAGCUUGCAGGGACUUUGGGUGUCUGCUUGUCUGCUCCUCUGUCAAGUCCAUCAUGACCUGCAGGGAUGGAAACGAGGUGUAGAAGUGGCUUUGUAUCUUUGGAAGUUGCCAGCUAACCAGAUAAAAACUGGUACGCCCUGCUCCUAUGCUUCUAACAGCAAUUUAUUCUACAGAUAUCAGCUGGUGAAGUUUUCAUCAUGCAGAGGUAUCAGCAAGAGUGCUUGUUGCUGUCUGCACAUUAAGGCACUGCUAAAGGCACAGUGAUAAGAGUGGUUGAAAGUUAGCAAGUCUGCACCUUUAUGAUAUCAUUAACAUACUUCUUUACUCUCACAGCAAGAGGAACUGCCAAGCGAUAAACUGCUAGUACCAGACUUGAAAUCUGCAGGUGCACAAAGAGGAAGAGGAGAUGAACAGAGCUUACUUUCCUUCUCUUCAUCACUGAGUUGUUCAGUAGCAGUGGGUGAUUUUGCCAGCUGACAAAGAUGACCACAGACUGAUGGUUUGAGAUCUGCACACUGUGGAUGGCUUCUGAUCUCUUUUUCCUUGUAAAAGAAAUUGUCCCCAAGAGUUAAAGUUAGGAGAAGAGGGAAGGAUUAAAAAUUAUGUGUAUGUGAUUGCUGUUCUCUGUCCCAGCCUCCUAGUGCUGUCUCUCAAUGUCUGUGAAGAUGUACAGAGUUGGCAAGUUCUUGGUAUAACUUGGAAGCCUCCCAUUUUCUUGCCAUGGACUCGGUGGAUGGAUUGCAAUAUCGGGCUCUCUAUGAGUAUAAGAAGGAUCGGGAGGAAGAUCUGGCUCUCUGCUCUGGAGAUCUGCUCACUGUCAGCAGCAAGGCAGGACUUUUGUGUGUGGAUUACAAGGAGGGGGGUGAGAGGAAUCCCCAAGGCUGGCUAAAUGGUUUCAAUGAACGUACCAAGGAGUGGGGAGAUUUCCCAGGCACGUAUGUGGAGUACUUGGGCCGGGUGAGGAUUGUGGCUGCUGUACCAAAACCUAGACCCAGGCCACUGCCUCCUACACCCACUGGGACACCUACUAACUACCUUUGGGGACCACUUGGACAGAUGGAGUUUGUUGAUCAGUUACAUCUCCCAGAACAAGCACUACUGGUUGUAGUGAGACUUCUUGAAGCUCUAGAAAAAGGAGGCCUAGAUAAUGAAGCACUGUAUAGACCCCCUCCCACUUUCUGUUGUGACCCUCAACGCAAACAGACACUUCUGACAGAUCUGGCAUCUGUUGAAUUGGAUGGAUUUGAUGGGCAGACCUUAGCCAAAAUGCUCAGAUGCCACAUGCAGCAGCUCCCUUGCCCUGUCAUUCACCCAGCAAUUUACAGCAAACUGCUCUACACAGUUCAAGAAACUCAGACUCUGGAAGAGUAUGGCCAAGAAAUAAAGCUAAUUCUGGAGUCUCCCUGCCUCCCGCAAUGGCACCGACUCCUGCUGCAACAUCUGAUCAGACAUUUCUGCAGACUGUGCCAGAAUGCCAGCAAGAAUCACCUCACACCCAGGAUGCUUGGAGAGGCCUUAAGUGAAGCGCUUUUUAAACCAUCCUUGUCAAGCAUGCAGGUGAAUCCUGAGCACCACAUGAAGAUUAUUGAGGCUCUCGUUGUGGCUGGUGGAGUGUCUGAGAUCCAGGCAGCACCAGAUUUUAUCAACGACCCACAUUUGGAUUGACCUGCACAGCUUUCUCUUAUCUAUGACUCUCAGAGAUGAUGUAUAUGCCAAGGCAGCAUGAAUUUCAUAUGCGGG